AUGGUUUCAAAAAGUUUUGCUCCUUAUAUGUCUUGGUUGGAUGGCGUUGUGGACGAUGAGGCUAAUUACAUGAAAUAUAUCACAUGGUCCGCAUGGUCUAUUCAUGAAGCCGAAAAGAUGGCCCUAAAAGCGAUGUGCUGGGUUGCCGCUAAUGACAUGACUGGUGAGGAGUAUUGUGGAGAUUUGAUUAGUUUGUUCCGUGUAGGGCGCGAUGGGCUGCUUCAGAGCCAUUGUGCAAUGACCGUACAAUCACCGAGGGGGGAAGAAAUUUCCGUCGAAGAAGCCUUAGAAUUGAUGAUCCAAACUCUGUCUUCUCGACUUGAAGUGGGACUGAUCGCGGGGUGGGACGACAAAACAGAGUGCCCUGUUUCGUAUCGGGUGGAUGGUAUGGGAGGACUGAUAACAGGGAAAAUAUUGGCUACCGGGUCUCGAUUUAGAGGGCUGCAUGAUUUCCUGGACUUGAAUUGUUUGAUUGAUUCGAAAAGAUCUGGUCCUCCUGGGUCCUGGUUGGACGGCGUUCUGGACGAUGAGUCUCAGAUCGAAAAGUAUAACACUUGGUUGAAUUGGUCUGUUCAUGAAGCCGAAAAGAUGGCCCUAAAAGCGAUUUGCUAUAUUGCUGGUAAUGAUACGAUCCCUGAAGAUUAUGGUGGAGAUUUGGCUAGUGUGUUCUACGUAGGACGCCAUGGGCUGGUUCAUAGCCAGUGCGACCUCCAAGUAGAAGAUGUUCUUCGCAAGUUUGGGACGCCCCCUCCUAUGAAAUGGGAGGUUAUUGAUUUUUAUGAAUUGAGGAGGCGUUGUAAUAGAAGUGAUAAUUAA